AUGAGUAGCCAAGAACUAAUACCUCGUCUCAUAAACGACUUAAGCAACGAAAAGUCUACAGAAUUUAUAUUACCAUAUAAACCAGAGAAUGUUGAAGCAUUAAAAGAAGUAGUUGAUGCAGAAACAGAAAAAUUCGAACAGAUGAGAGAUAAUGCUCGCGAAAAUGCAGCUGAUAAUGAUGGAUCCAAAAUAUUACGUCGUAUCCAACAAGCACAAGAACUCGAUUUACUUCGAAUUAAAUUUUUAAUCAGAUCAUAUUAUCAAACAAGAUUCAACAAGAUUGUUAAAUACGUAGAAGGAGGUAUAAUACCGGAAGAAGCCAAUCUCUCUUCAGUAGAAAAUCAAUUUGUAACAAAUUUAGUUAAUGCAAUGAAAAACAAUCAAGGACCAGCCACUUUGGAGUUCACCCCAGAGAGUGAAGCUAGUGUUGAUCAUGGCUUUGUAUUCUUCAAAGCUCUUCGUACAAGUGGUUCACAAUCAUUAACCGCAUUCCAAGACUCUGAACCUGUUGACAUUGUCAAAGAUCAAAUUUACUUCGCCAAAUAUGAUGCAAUUGAGCAUCUUUAUAAUUCUGGCGAUGUUGUAUUUAUUUAA